AUGCCCGGCAGCUUCACAGCAUCCUCCUACGUCAAAUCCCUGCCACCAGACACGAGGCAGCUGUUGACGGAAGGCAUGGAGUGGAUGGACACGUACUACGACUCAGAUGCCGGGUACCUCUACGACUUCAGUUCCCGCAAAGCGCUCAGGCAUGAAACCCGCAACUCGGUCUGGUAUGCGCUGGGUCUAUUGGCGCGAAACAAGGGCACCGAUGUUGCUGAAGCCGAAAAGAUUAUCAACAAUGUAAUUGCUGGUCAAUACAAGGUGCCAUCAGAUGCCUGGUAUGGAACCUAUCAAAAAGAACCAGAAGAGCCAUAUGUUGGUUCGACUGCGUAUCCUGGCAAGGCCUACGGUUCCUGGGAUCCCAACUGGCGAGACUUUGUUGGCACGACUUUCAUCAUGAUGAUGGAGGAGUUCUCUGAUCUUCUGAACCCGACGACUCAAAAAAGUAUCCUAGACUCACUCUAUCACGCCACUGUUGGAGAUUCCUAUCGGUUCGGCCAAGUUGGCACGAGCAAUACCUUUUUCCCCUCCUACAGCAACCCGCAAAUUAUGAGGGCUUUGCUUACGGGUUGGACUGGUCGGCGGCUCCAGAAUGCAAACAUGACCAAGGCAGGCGAGAGCUACGCCCAGGAUGUGAUCAAUCUCUUCAACGAACACAACACCCUUUCUGAAUUCAAUUCCCCCACCUACACUGGAGUUUCACUCUUUGCUCUCAUCUUAUGGAGCAAAUACCUUCCCCAGGAGUCUGUCAUGACCAAGCAUGCACCCAGCAUGGUCAAACAUACGUGGACGGCUGUCUCUCAGCUUUGGCAUCCUAGUUUAAGGAAUAUCGCUGGUCCUUGGGAUCGUACGUACGGUUUCGAUAUGAACCGCUACUUGAGUGUGAUGGCCUUGUGGUUCUGGCCUUUGAUCGGAAAGGAGAAGGCUGGACUCAAUUCCAAGCCUGAGACGAUGUCACAAACACAUGAUUUUGCGUGGGCUCCCGUUGUGGCUGUACUUGCGGAUCAGCACAGGAGCUUGAUCCCUGAGGAAAUUGCCAACGGCUUGUCGACUUUCAUGGGCGAGCACACAUAUUCAACCAAAGUUUGGGCUCCCCCAUAUGACAAUAUUCCUCGUAAUGUUACUGCUUGGCUCUCAGAUAACAUUACGGUUGGGGCUGAGGAGUAUGAUCACUAUGUUCCUGACCGCACUGUGCAUGUGUCAUUUAACGCUGCUGUUAUCCAGUGGGACACUGGAAACGAAGUCUCGUUUAUGACGCUCUACCCCAGCGAACCAGCUCUCCAUGUCGAUGUUAAACCAUGGAAGCUGACACUGUCGUAUCCCUAUGGAAACGCUGAUUCCGUCUUCACCUUCGUCGUCGACACUUUUACCGCAAAGCGCACCAUCACCGGGUGGCAAGAUGUGCCGGGGCUCAGCGUUGCCGUUUCCGGCAACAUCAACCAGACGUUAGACCUAUCCUUUGCUGGAACUUACGGAGGCAAUCUAGAUCCAAUGCUGGAUUUUGAGUACUGGAAAUUCACAUACAGAAUGCCUGAGGGUUUUGUCGGCAUCCCAAUCAUUGUGCUCGACCUCGAGCUACGACAUUCAUAG